AUGUGUUGGAAUAUUAGAGGGCUUGGGCAGGAUAAUAAAGCUGCAGCAAUCAGAAAUGCUAUUUGGAAAAACAAAAUUACUCUGUGCUCAAUUCUGGAGUGGAAAAAAGAAAAGGUUGAUGAUACUCUGAUAAGGUCGCUUUGGGGAAAUGUCAGAUGUAACUAUCUGUAUCAACCUUCUCAUGGUGCUUCUGGGGGUAUUAUAAUUAUGUGGAAGGAGGGUGUACUGCAUAUGGAAGAUCAUCUCAUGGGUGCUUUCUCAUUGUCAAUCAAAUUCAGAAAUGCAGCUGGCAAUUUCACUUGGAUAUUCACUGCUGUUUAUGGAGCUUCAGAUGCAGGUGAUUAUACACAGUGUUGGCAAGAACUGUCAGACAUUAGGAUUCUUUUUGAGGAUCCUUGGCUUUUGGGAGGUGAUUUUAAUGCUAUCCUAGCACAACCUGAAAGGAAUCUUCCUGGUGGUAACAUAAGGAAUAGAAGAUCAUUCAUAAAUAGGCAUGAGCUAAUUGAUUUGCCAAUGGCUGGAGGUAAGUUCACUUGGACUAAUUCUCAGUGUCCACCACUGUUGGUUAGAUUAGAUAGAUUCCUAAUGACUGAAGACUGGAAAAUUAAAUGUCCCUCUAUAUUGCAAGUGAGACUUAAAAGGCCUGUGUCUGAUCACACUACAGUUAUGUUAAACUUCAAUUCUGGUCUUCAUUACAAGGCUCCUUUCAGGUUAGAUAAUUAUCUCUUAAUGCAUCCAGAUAUUCUUCCCAAUCUAGAGUUAUGGUGGCGAAACUUAGAAUUCAAUGGCAGACCUAGUUAUGUGUUUGCAAAAAAACUUCAAGGCCUGAAAUUUCUUAUUAAAACUUGGAAAAGGUCAUUGGGAGACCUCCAAACACAGUUGGAACAACUUGAGGAGAUGAUUGAUUCGUGGGAUAUGCAAGAAGAAAAUAAUACUGUUUUGUCCACUUCAGAGGUGGUUGCUAGAGAAGAUGCAAAGACUAAGCAUGCUUCAGUCUCUCUCAAUUUAGCAAGGAAGUGGGGACAGAGAGCUAAAGAAAAUUGGGCAAAAGAAGCAGAGCGGAAUUCAAGAUAUCUUCAUCAAAUGGCAUCUUAUAAAUACAUUUGCAGCAGUUUCAAUUGUCUGGCCAUUGAUGGGGAUAUUUCUUAUGACAAAUCUAAAAUGGCAGAGGAAGCUGUGAGUUUUUAUACUUCUCUUUUUUCAGAAGAACAUGUGGCAAGGCCAGGUUUUGAGAAUUUAGAGUUGCCUGCAAUUUCUGUCUCAGAUAGUAUUUCCCUUAAGAAACCCUUUACAGAAGAUGAAGUUAAAAAUGUUAUUUGGAAGUUUGGUGCAAAUAAGGCACCGGCGCCUGAUGGUUUCACAACGGAAUUCUAUAAAGCAGCUUGGGAAAUUAUCAAGGAAGAUUUGAUGAAGGUGAUUAAGGAAUUUGAGAGUAACGCCUCUCUGGAUUGGAGAAUUAAUUAUACCUCUUUGAAACUGAUUCCAAAAGUCAGUGGUGUUGUAAGUCUUCAUAAUUUCAGGCCAAUAAGCUUAAUCAGUGGAGUUUGCAAGAUUAUAUCAAAGCUCUUAGCAGAUAGGUUGAAGUCAGUUCUACCUUCUAUCAUUGAUAAUUAUCAGGGUGCUUUUAUACAUGAUAGGCAGAUAAAUGAUGGGAUUUUAAUUGCGGCUGAAUUCAUUGAUUCGAGAAUAAGAGCAAACAAAGCUGGGAUUGUGGGCAAGGUUGAUUUUGAGAAGGCAUUCGAUAAUAUAAAUUGGAACUGUUUGGACAUGGUGCUAGAGAGAUUUGGCUUUGGUUCUUUCGCAGAUGACUUGGUGGUUUUCUUUGACGACAAGGAGGAACAAGUAAAUAACUUGAAAAAUAUCUUGUUUGCUUUUGAGGUAACUUCAGGCUUGAAGGUUAAGUAUAGGAAAAGUGUUGUGGUGGGAGUUGGAGAUGAUCACAGUGGUGCGGAUUGCGCUAUUGCAUUUGGGUUUCAGUUAGCUACCUUCCAUUUAAUUUACCUAGGUAUUCCUUUAGGUAGCAAAUUCAAGAAUAAGUGUUGUGAAGGAGUUGGAAAAGCUUAUGCGCAAUUUCUUAUGGGGUUCAUCAACAACAAAAAGAAAGAGGAGUUGGGUUUCAUGGUCAAAAGCUGUGGCCUAAAGCUAGAGGAGAUAAUAUUGCAAGAGAGAUUUCACUCACUUUACAGAAUUUCAAUUGCAAAAUCUGCUACCGUAGAAGAUAUGAUGUCAGAGAAUGGAGCGUGGAAUUUUAACUUCAAAAGAAGUCUGAUUGAACAAGAAAUAGGCCAGGUUGCUGAUAUGCUUCAAGUUCUAGGUGACUAUUCCCCUUCAAGUGAUGAUGAAGAUAGCAGGAAGUGGAUUUUUGGAGGUGAGUUUUCCGUUGCGGACUGUUAUGCGGCUCUAGAUGUUGACAGAUUACUUGUUUUCCCUUAUAAACAAGUCUGGAAUCCCAAAGUUCCUUUAAAAGUCAGCUUUCUAGUAUGGACUCUUUGUCAUGGUGGUGCUCCAUCUCUUACUAUGCUUUAUAGAUCUGGGAGGGUGCAGUCGAAUAUCUGUGUUCUUUGUGGGACUGAGCUUGAAACUCAAGAGCAUCUGUUUUUACAUUGCACGGAAACGAGGAAGUUGUGGCAUUAUUAUGUGGAUAGAUUUCAGGUAAGCUGGGCUUUCUCAGAUACGGUCAAAAGAAAUGUUUGGGAGUGGAAAAGAUAUAAAAGUAAAGUUUUCAUGAAGCAAAUUUGGAGUCUUUUGCCAUUCGCCAUAUGGUGGACAGUGUGGGAUGAACGUAAUGGAAGACUUUUCAGAAACCAAAGGAGGAAUCUGGAUCAGAUGAUUAUUUCCUCAAAUGCUCUUUGUUUAGUUGGUCUUUGA